CGACUGCCUCUACCUCCAGCUCGACGGCCUCGGCGUGAGUAUCGCCAAGCCCGCGGGACGCGUGCUCAAGUGAAAGUAGGAUUUUGCUUUCUACUGUUUAGUACUGAAAUAUGUUUUACGGACGUCUAAAAUGACGAGUGAUUCGAUCGGUACGUGGUGUGAUAAAUUAUCGAAAUUAAACAGUGGUGAACCAGCGUAUACCUCCUGCGUGAUAAUAUAUAAUAUAUAAGUAAAUAAAUCGUAAUAAUAUGCACUUCUGAGAAGAAUGAAGGCGUUAACAACGGGUCCAUCGGUGUAUCCGGGUACCACCUUUAGCUGCAGAUUUCUAUUAUGGGCACUGUUCUUUUUGUCGUUUUACUCGGGUACUCGAGUACACGGAAAUGCGGACUAUCGACAGGGCUACGACAGUCCGCGUAUGCUCAAUGAUGCUCAAAGAACGUGGGGAAAUUCAUCUGAAAUAUUUCAAUCGGCUGUAGCCCAGAGAGAAAAUGACGAAGCACUUGAGUCCCCAACACCACAGAAUGACAGUGCAAAGUUGCCAUUGCGCCUGGAUGAGAACAAUAUUAUGCACGCUGAAGUCUCUUCUAAUAACGAUGAAGAAAACUACAGUGACGAAUAUGAGGAAGAACCCCAUCAUCCUUCUGAGUUAAAAACAAUGUUACAUCCAGCAAGUCCAAGAAAUGCAGCGAUAGAUGGUGUAGUUGGCCAAUCUCCUACAGCCAGCAGUCUGAAUAUUAGUUCCAGAGAAUCACAUGAGGAUGAGGAGUAUUUGGCAGAAUAUGAUGCCUACUAUUACUACGACGAUGACGAUAAUGAUACGGGCUUGGUACAUCAUCUGACAAAUUCCAGUAAUGUUGAAUCUGACAAAUUGAAGGUGGGAGCUAACUUAGAAGAACCAGAUUACUCAAUAUCAGGCAAUUUGACAUACAACACAAUGCAUCGGAAUAACUUCAGCGAUAACGCAGAGAUGGAUGACGAUGAAGGCACCUCUAUGGAGAGUAGUAACAAGCAUUAUGUAGUAGCUUCGAAUACCGCAAGUCAACUUCCUGAUAAAUCAAUACUGAUUGAAGAAGCGAUUGUUUCUGUGGUAACAACUAAAAGCGUCGUUAAUGGUACAUUAUCCAUUCCAGUAACUCCUUUGCCACAAACUACUGAACAAAUUUCGUCACCACCUUCGUUGACCGAAAUUGUGGAUACCAAACAAAUGGACAGAUCACAAACUACUGAAAAUUCUAUAGUUCUGGCAUCGGUACAGACAAGCCGUAGUAUUUCUGGGGCCAGGUUCUUGCCCUUCCCCGUUGUGGAACAGGUGGAGCAAGUGGCGCAGAAUGUUAACAGCAACAAUAAGGUACCAGGACCCUUGGAAUCUACUGAAAGUAUUAUCGACAAAUUGGAUAGAGUGCAAUCUGAGUUAUCGAGUGGAUUUUUCAAUGGUGGUUUCAGAAAUUCAGGCAACACAUUACAACUGGAUGUUUUACCGGAAACUGAACAAGCAAAAAAAAGUCGGACUACAACAAUGAGGGUGCCUGUAAUCAGCAAAUUUGUACCGCGUCAAUACAAUGCUAACAGAAAACCAGUGGCACCUUCGAGACCACCUCUUAAACCAAUAAUCACUAGGUUCAAUCGUAAUGAAACCAAGUUGAAUAACAGCCUUACUUCAACUGCAAAAAGCGCUGUAAUAAAGCCUCCUCAACUGCGUCCGCCUGCUGACAAGACAAGCAGUAACGCGGGUAAGGAGGAUACUGGCAGAAUAAAGAGUGUAGUUGUACAAGAUAUUGCUGCAUUUUUGCCACCUGGUUAUAACAUUGAGAAGGUGAAAAACGAGCCUACAGAAAAGUCGAUCAUCGAUGAUAUUUUCGCAAAGGCUAAAGUGGAUAUCUCUUCAUUUUUACCUCCGGGAUAUAACAGCAAGCAAAACGGUGAAUCUGAUCAGAAGAGUCAACAGUCACUGGCAGAUAAUGCUGCUAAAAAAUCCCCAGUUGAUCUUUCAUCACUUUUACCACCGGGAUACAAGCCGCCAAAACCAAGUGACGAGGAUGGUAGUAACGCGACGUCCGAAAGUAAGCGUCCUCCUAUAGACGACCUAUUUGCGGUUUCAAAGGUGGAUCUUUCUUCACUUUUACCACCAGGAUACAAUCAAAAAAAAAAUAAUGGCUCCAAUGCACCAAGCGGUAAGGAUGAAACAGUCAAAAACCCAUCUGAACUAGAAAAUGCUACGACUCCAGCUACUGUGUCAACAACAAAAACUGCGGGUAUAAAAUUAGUUUUUCCCAGCCGGCCUGGAGGGAGAAAACCGAUAAAUCGAAUUACAACCCCAUCAACAGUACAUGCACAAGGUCCUGGUGGAUUUAAACCGGCUAUUCAUAAAGGCUGGCCAGUCAGAGCAACAACGGAAUUCACAGGAUGGCCUACAUCUUCGACGACUCCUAUAUCGAUUGAAAAAUUACUCGAGGCAGCACGCACAGCAACUCCUGAUUCUAACAAUACGUCCAGUACUGUAGCAGCAACCAUGACAUCAACUACGACGACUACUACAACGACUACAACAACGCCUCGACCUACUACACCUGGUAUUUGUGAGGAAGAAUGCGAAGUGGCUGGAACUAUUCGCCUUGUUGGACAUACAGUUUGGAUACCUGAAUUACUGGAUAGUAAUACCAAAGAGUGGAAACAACUUGCUGCUGAAGUGGAAAAUGAGAUAGAUUUGGCUUUUACUAAAUCCAAUACUUUGAGGAAAUGGUACAAGAAAAUAAGAAUAGAUGCAUUCAGCCAAGGAAGUAUACUGGUUGAUUACUUCGUGGAACUGAGUGAAAUUGGAACAAAAAUUAACACACAAGAGUUGAAGACAAUCUUUCACGAUGCUUUAAAUGUACAUGCAUCGAACAAUGACAAUAGCUCAGAAUCUGACAAUUUAUUAGUUCUCGGAGAGUUUACUAUUGAUCCUGCAUCAACUGAUUUUGUUGUUGUGCAAAAACGAGUCCUUCCACCACAGAUGGCCAAUGAUAAUACAAUUAUACCACAGUGGGCAAUUGCUAUUAUCGUGAUCGGGGUUGGAGGAUUGCUAUUUAUAAUAAUAUUCGGUGUUUUUGUUAUGAUAAAUCGUCGAAAUGUUGCUAAAAUUAAGCCAACAAUGCCUAUGUUUGAUGAAGAAAUAGAGAAAAAUAUAAUUCAUAAAAAUCAAACAACACCAAGGCGCAGGUCACUCGAUUACCCAAAAGAUUACUCAAAGGAUUAUCCAAAGGAAUACCCUAAAGAGGACUUGUAUGAUAUAGAUGCAGAUUGGAAUGACAAAUCUUUUGAUGCCACGUCUAACAAGAUGAUGGUUGACGGACCAUACCAUGAUUCUUCAAGAUAUAAUUUGUACGAUAGUUGGCGAUCCGAAUGGAAUGGGUACUAUUACAAUGCCUCACGUGGGAGUAACAGAAGCCCAGGUUACGAAAGUACGACUAGCGUAUCACGACAUCGUCCAAAUUAUGACACAAACUUUUAAAUUGAAAUUAAAUAACGACAAACACUCCACUUUUUUUGAGCAUAAAACAUUUGUAUGGAUUACCCAAGCAUGUUGUUUUCUAUUUCGACUGCCAAAAUGAAAUUAUCAUUAAUAGUGAUACUUGGAAAUUAUCAUCACCAUUUUGUAUCAGAUAUGUUCACGAGUACUUUAACCGCAGUUUAUGUAGCGGAUAUUCUAGAAUCAAAUUUUGAUCGAACCUGUGUACUGAACUUU